CAUCCCAACAGGAUCAGCAAGGUUACUUCCCCCUUCAAGCUUGUCAUUCCUGUUGGAACCCUCAUUCUUCCUGCUUUUGAGGUUCCACCAGCAAAGCAAAUAACGCCCCAGAUGAAUGGCUCCAUCGAUCCUGAGGUACGACUGAUGUCGUACCUUGGGCGGCUCGCCGAAACAUGGCAACCCAUCGUCAUGCCUUCAUUUCCUUUUUCUUUCCCUUUUCUGGUUUGAAUUUUUUAUUUUUUAUUUUUCUGUAUGCUUUGAACCCUCGUCAUUUCCGGCGAUUACGUGGCGAGUCGGACCCACAAGGAUACUACGACUCUGGAUGCUUGAUGGAGCACUCUCUGAACCGUUCCCCACCGGCCCUUAGCUCAUGGUCCAUUUCUCUGGCUGUCCAGAGAGUUCAAUGACUUGGACAAACUGCCUUCCGACUUUCUUUUCUUGCUAUUCACCACUGGUUGGGGUCUCCGGUCGAUCAGAUCUCUUCAUCGUUUUAAUCCCGACUCCAAAAUUUGUGUGUGUUGCUCGGAUCGUGGCCGAUUGUUCAUCUCACUAUCUCACUAUCGCGCUAUCAUAAUUAAGCCCCAAUUCGCCCCUCCGGGAUCGCCGCCACUUGCGUCAGAAAGUCCGUUUGACUGAUCAUCCUGCCAAUCGUCGCCCCGGUGUGCCUGGAGCGCGGAUAACCUUUUCUGUCCGACUUGGACCCUUCCUCCUACUGCCAGGUGCUUUUGAAUGCAUCUGGCCCCGUGCCGCCGUCCAUGAACAUCUUCAACAAAAUGUCGCAACGGUUCACUCGUCGGGCCUUCUUGAUCGCCGUCUUGUAUAUGUUGAUCAUCUCCGCCUUUGCUUGGAGACACGAAGCGCUACUUCACGUGAGAUCUCGACGGAUUGCGCCCAUCGAGAAAGAAAGGAACUGACCCGGAAACAGUGGAAAUCCCCCCAGGAACGAUACGAAGAGGAACAACAGCAGUAUCCACUGUCGGUACCUUUCUGAACUGCCAGGUCGUGACUGGGUAGCUGACCUCCUGCAGAGUCUUCGACAAUGUCAUCCCCA